UGAAAGUUUGGCGAAAAGUAAACAUAAUUUGAAAACAUGAGUGAAAUCUUCAAAGACACCAAAGAAUUGGAGGAAUUCUUCAAGAAUUUGGGGAUUGAGUACCGAUUCUCGUGCUAUUACGAGAAGAAUGGCGAGGGAUGUCAUCUUUUGGGUGAAUAUAUGUCCAAAAUAGAGGCCGAUUUGAAGCGUUCAUCCAAAGUGUUCAAAGAUAAUUGCGAUGACAACCGAUUUGGUAGGAGUUGUACUCAAUAUGGGAUCAGUCUUUUGCAGGGCAGAGGAUGUGAUCCAGACGUGAAGAAAGCUCUCGAGUACUUCGGCAGAGGCUGUCAGUUGGGCGACAACGAGGGCUGCUUUUAUUCGGGGCAACUGUUGUCCGGAUCCGAUGCUCAAUACAAAGACGCGAUUGAGCCCAACAUCAAGAAAUCUGUGGAGCAGUUGGCGAAGGGCUGCGAAAUGAGUGAAAACGGCAUAAUCGCCGCCGAGUGUUGUUUUUAUGUCCACUCCUUCUACCUGUUGGGCAAAAACGGCUGCGAAAAGGAUUUGUCCAAAGCCUUGAAAUUCGGGAUCAAAGGCUGCGAAUUGGAUAAUCUUGAGUCGUGUAAUAAUUUGAGUCAAAUGUAUGCCUUAGGGAUGGGGACACCGAAGGAUGAGGGCUUGGCCAAGAAGUAUAGGAAUAAGAGUAUAGAUAUGAUGGAACAGAUCAGCAAUUAUCGCAACAUUGAGACCCAAAGGACUUAA